UAGUCAUCAGACAGACUGUAGAUGUCCCGUCCCGUCCCGUCCCGUCUGCAGCAGUCUGCCUCAGCACCUUGCCUGCCCGACAUGCCCUUGGAUAUUACCGGCCCUCCUCUUGCGAGAAACUACUGUAGACAUAUAGAAACCACUGAACACUAACAGAGGACAUCGCAGUAGGACGGAGUGUACCUGGAUUCUUGACACUUUUACACUGCGUCUCAUCUAAAGGAUUUUUUUAGUCGGUCUAUACUUUUUUGUUGUUGUACCGACUUUUUUCCAAAUCGACGUGUAUGGAUGUACCAUGGCUACGUUUGCAUGCAGGGUGCAGUUCUUAGAUGAUACUGAUCCAUUUAAUAGCACAAAUUUUCCGGAGCCGACCAGACCCCCACAUUUCACAUUCAGAGAGGAUAUUCCGCUCAUCAAUCAGAUCGCUGGAAUUCACAGACUUCUGAAAGCCCCACACAAGCUCGAUGACUGCGCUUUACAGUUGUCUCAUAAUGGCAGUUAUCUGGACUUGGAGUCCACCUUGGCCGAGCAGAGAGAUGAACUGGAAGGCUUUCAGGAGGAUGGAGGGAGAGGAAAGAAGCACAGUAUUAUUCUGCGAACACAGCUGUCUGUCAGAGUCCAUGCCUGCAUAGAAAAACUCUACAACUCAACCGGACGUGAGCUGCGAAGAGCGCUGUUCUCUCUGAAGCAAAUCUUUCAGGAUGAUAAAGAUCUGGUGCAUGAGUUUGUGAUGGCUGAAGGACUCACAUGUCUUAUAAAAGUGGGAGCUGAGGCUGACCAGAACUACCAGAACUACAUCCUCAGAGCUCUUGGACAAAUCAUGCUGUAUGUGGAUGGAAUGAAUGGGCUUAUUGGACACAAUGAAACUGUACAGUGGCUUUACACACUGGUCGGAUCAAAGUUCCGGUUGGUUGUUAAAACUGCUCUGAAGCUGCUGCUGGUUUUCGUGGAAUACACAGAAUCCAACGCACCUCUGCUCAUCCAGGCUGUCAACACCAUAGACACCAAGCAAGGCUGUAAGCCCUGGUCCAAUACCAUGGAAAUCCUGGAUGAGAAAGAUGGAAUGGACACUGAGCUGUUGGUUUAUGCCAUGACCCUUAUCAACAAGACAUUAGCAGGUCUUCCUGACCAGGACACGUUCUAUGAUGUGGUUGACAGUUUGGAGGAGCAGGGCAUGGAGGCCGUGGCCCAGAGACACAUCAACAGGAAAGGCACAGAUUUGGACCUAGUGGAACAGUUCAAUAUCUAUGAGUCAACCCUUCGUCAUGAAGAUGGUGAUGAUGAGGCACAGCCUCCUCCAUCUGGACACAAAAGUCGGCGUCGGGCCAGCGUUGGGGCCACACCUGAGAGGCGAGGUUUGGAACGCCGCCGCAGCCGAAGACACUCACUCCAAAAUGGGAAAGGCCACACCUCUGCUCCUUCUUCCCCCUGUCACAGCCACACACCCAACAUCCUGCCCCUCAAUGGCCAGAGAAUAGAUGAUAUCAGCGAAAGAGAGGAGGAAGAGGAGGAAAAAGAUGAGGAGCUUCAGAAAACACAGCUCUCUAGACAGGCAUCCGGAAGCUGGAUGCCAUCAACAGUAGAUGAAGCUUCUAGCUUGUGUUUGCCUUUAAAGUGCAUGGUCAACUUCAUUCCCAAUGCCGCCGAUACAGACAAUGAGGAAAACCUCCGGGACAGGUCUGGGAUCAAGGUUAUCCGCAAAGCCCCAGUGUCCUCCCCUCCUUUUACCCCAGAUUUUGGCCCCCCAAUAUCACCCAGACUGUCUUCUUGGGCUUCGGUCAGGUCCUUGGGGGCCCUCCCGUCCCGGGGUUCCUCUGUCACCUCCUCAGCCUCCACCUCCCCAAGCGAAGACCCCUUGUCCCCUGUCCCUCCUCUGCUUUCCUCCACUCUUCUUUCUACUGGCACAGUGGAUUCGGACGAGGUGUCUGUGGGCACUCCUCAGGCUCGAGACCCAGACAAGCACGGCAGUCUGUCAGAUGUUAGAUACUCAAACACAUGCAGUUCAUGUGGCAGCAAUGGCUACACCGGUACGUAUCCUGGCAGGUCAUCUGGGGUGUCCAGUGCCCCCUCCACACCCUAUAACCGCUUCGGCCCCUCAGGAGGUCCACCUGCAGACAGUAAGCCUGACAGGCCGACUCUAGGUGGAUUGUUGACCUCCUCCUACAGGCAACAUCAGGAGUCUCUGAAUGCAGAACGUGAGCGGAGACGUCUGGAGCGAGAGGAGAGACUUCAGCGCAUUGAACGAGAGGAGAGAAACCGUUUCAAUCGUGAUUAUGUGGAUAAGAGAGAAGAGGUUAGACAAGCUCGAGAAGAAAGAUAUAAGCAAUUGGAGCGAUUGGCAGCAGAGGAAAACGAAAAGGAACGGCCGAGGUCGACAACACGGGGCCGAACAGAAAUCACCCUCAGCCUGAGUUCACGAACCUCCAGGAGCUCCUUGUCUCGUUCUGCCACCCCUUUGACUGUAGAGGCUCAAGAGGAUAAGCGUGUCCCACAUCCAGCACGAGGAACUGAGUCUGAGACAAGCCGUCCGGUGCAGGCAGCAGUCGUAUGGCCUUCCUCAGAGCCUCCCUCUGCCUCAGCGCCUGCGCCGGUCUCACCCUCCGAACCAGAGGAGGAACAGAAACCUGUGGAACCAUCAGACAUCACACUCUGUCUGUCUCCAACAAACUCUGAGCCAGAGAGACCUGAGACAGAGGAGAAAGCGGAGGAUGCUAAAGCCGAGGAGGGUGAGGCAAUGGUGUUGAGUGGAUUGGAAGAUGAAAAGAAAGAAGAACCAGAAGGAAACUUUGAGGAAGAUACUAAUGGAACGGGUACAGAGGAGUGUGUGAGAGAGCAGAUGUUAGAGAGGGAUGUAGAGGAGAGUGCCAUCCUGAGUGAGAAGGAGAGGCAGAAUGAAGAGCUGAAUGAGAAAGAUAACUGCUCAGCCUCCAGCAUCUCCUCAGCCAGCAGCACUCUGGAGAGAGAAGAACGAGAGGAGAAACACGUCAGUGACAGUGACUCAGGCCAGUGGACAGACUGUAUGAAUGCAGCGGAUGUGAACGAUCAGUGCAACAAAGUUCUUAACAGCAAACGCUUCAUGCUGGACAUGCUUUAUGCUCAAAACAAGAAAGGAGAGGAGGAUGAGAAAGAAAAGGAGAAUGAGAAUGAGAAAGGGUGUUCAGGUCAGGACUCCUCUGUGACCAGCCUUGCUAAUCGCAUCUCAACUCUGGAGGCACGUCGGCAGACUUGCGAGGACAACAUGAAGAAACUGGAUGUGGAGCAUCUGGAUAACCAGGGUAGCGUACGGGCUGUGGCUGAGAAAUUUGGAGAUUUGGUGAAAGGACUGGUAUUGCCUCAUGAGGUGGAGCAUUCUGGGAAGGAAAAGCAGCAGGCACAGGAAAAACCUCUUCCGGCUCCUUCACCAACACCCCCUAAAAAGGAGUCGGACCACAUAUGGGACCAGCUGAUGGCCACGCCACGGGAGCUACGCAUCAAAGAGCUGGACUUCACGGACUUGGGAGAGGAGGAUGAUGUGGACAUUUUGGAUGUUGGCAACAUGAUCGGGUCAAGUGACCUCACACCACCUCCUCCCCCGCCUCUCUGCUUGCCCAGCCUUCCACCCCCGCCACCGUUAUUUGGAUGCCCUCCACCUCCCCCUAUGCCGGGCAUGAUGAUGCCCCCUCCGCCACCUUUUUUGGCUUCAAUACCUCCCUCACAUCUCGGAUCUCCUCAGCUUAGUCGAGGAGAGCCUCCGCUGUUCCAGAAGAAGAAGAAAACCAUCCGGCUGUUUUGGAACGAGGUCAGACCUAUAGACUGGCAAUACAACAACCACAAGAGAUGCAGGGAGUCACUGUGGUCCAAACUUGAUCCGGUCAAACUGGACAUAGCCAAGUUGGAAAACCUCUUUGAGACAAAAUCCAAGGAGUUGCCAGUUACAAAGAAAACGGCAGCAGAUGGGAAGCGUCAAGAAAUCAUCGUUUUGGAUUCCAAAAGAAGUAAUGCCAUCAACAUUGGCCUGACGGUCCUGCCGCCUCCUCGCACCAUCAAAACAGCCAUCCUCAACUUUGACGAAUACGCCUUGAGCAAAGAGGGCAUAGAGAAAAUCCUGACAAUGAUUCCUUCGGAGGAGGAGACGCAGAAGAUUCAGGAGGCCCAGCUGGCGAACCCCGACACGCCGCUGGGCAGCGCAGAGCAGUUCCUCCUCAUUCUGUCCUCCAUCAGCGAGCUGUCCGCCCGCUUGCAGCUUUGGGCCUUUAAGAUGGACUAUGACGCUCUAGAGAAGGAAGUAGCAGAGCCACUCCAGGACCUGAAGGAGGGCAUGGACCAAUUAGAAAAGAAUAAGACGCUGCGCUACAUCCUUUCAACUCUGCUAGCUAUUGGCAACUUUCUCAAUGGGACCAAUGCUAAAGGCUUUGAGCUGAGUUACCUAGAGAAAGUUCCUGAGGUGAAGGACACUGUUCACAAACAGUCUCUACUGCAUCACGUCUGCUCCAUCGUCGUGGAGAAGUUUCCAGAAAGUUCAGACCUCUACUCUGAGAUUGGAGCUAUCACUCGCUCUGCUAAGGUUGACUUCGACCAGCUGCAGGAAAACCUAUCUCAGAUGGAGCGUCGCUGCAAAGCAUCCUGGGAUCACCUAAAGGUCAUAGCCAAACACGAAAUGAAACCAGCCCUUAAGCAGCGCAUGUCGGACUUCCUUAAAGACUGUGCAGAAAGAAUUAUCAUCCUAAAAAUCGUGCAUCGUCGCAUCAUAAACAGGUUUCACUCAUUCCUGCUGUUCCUGGGCCACCCUCCUUACGCAAUACGAGAGGUGAGCAUUCAUCGCUUCAGUAAGAUUCUGAGUGAAUUUGCACUUGAAUACCGAACCACCAGAGAGCGAGUGCUGCAGCAGAAGCAGAAACGAGCCAAUCACCGUGAGAGGAACAAGACCCGGGGCAAAAUGAUCACAGAGAGUGAUGAGGAAGAGGAUGAUGAGAGUGGGAAGUUUGCAGGGACUCCUCUGGAGGGUCAGGAGAGUCAGCCGCAGGGUUUGGGCUACACGGAGGACGCAGCUGAACAUGAGCAGAUGACUGCAGUACUUCGCACCAGCCUGCAGGGUGGCGACAGUCAAUCCUCUGUCCUCCCCGGCCUCCGCACACGGACUCGAGCCACUCGAGGCCAUACAGCACUUUUGUCUGCUGCAAAUGAAGACACUUCUAAUUGCACAAAUGACACAGCGGAUGAAAUCAUGGAACGCAUUGUGAAAUCAGCCACUCAGGGCCCCAGUCAGCGCGCACAGCCCCGUGAGAGGAGACGCUCCAGAGCCAACCGCAAAUCCUUAAGAAGAACACUGAAGAACGGUCUUACGCCAGAAGAGGCGCAGGCGCUGGGAUUGGCCAGCAGCUCCGAGAUGCAAGUGUGAGACAGCAGCAGCCGCUCAGGGUCUCGGCACACACACCUAAACACAAACAAGCUAGGACAGGUCACUUUAGCUCGUGUUUGCUUUCCUCUGGAGCGGGUGCAUGUUUCUGGGUUUGUGUUUUACGACGGUUAUUGCUGUGGACAAUUUGUAUUCUCACAGGGGAAAGGGAUUAUAAUCACUAACCCACUAUACUUUAGUUAUCCUGGGACGUGUAGUCAGACCAUACUCCAUUUACUAGCUUAUGCAUUUUGUCCCAAGGUGGUCGAAGAGAAUCAUUGAAACCACUCAGGUGCAUGUUCACUGUUCCUGCGGACUGUUAAUGAUAUCCCAAACAUUGUUUUAAUGCAUUUUUGAAAGAGAACAAGCACAGUUGCAGCGCAACUUCCUGAUGCACAACAUUUAUAGACGCUCACACACACACACACACAGCCUGUAGAAUGCUGAUUGUCCAGUUCUCCAGUACAGAGACGAACGUCCGUCUCUUACCGCUGUGGCCUUCAGAAUGAUCCCAAAGAACCGUGUUCGAAGAUGACUGGAUGCUGUCUCACCGUUUUUGUUUUGUACUGGCUGUUUGGAUAAAUUCAAAAGGCAUUGAAUAGUAGCACCUUUAACGUUCAUAUCUUGUGUAAAUCAGCAGCGAUUCUUCCCUGGUUUACUGCUGUGGUAAAACUUGUUUGUUUCUUUGUUUGUCCUGUUUUAAAAAAAGCAGGGCUUCUCAUGUCACAUGUCCGACUGCUUUCAGAUAGCUUUAGGUUGCGCAAGAGUGAUAGGGAAAAAAAAAAAAACAUAAAAAACGUAAAAC